UAUUGCAGAGUGAUUGAUUUUAUUAAAGUGCACAAGUGCUUCAUUAAUCGUGUAUUUUUUUAUUAUUUAAUUUUUUUAAUUGUGACGAAAUGGCCGCUCUGUGUUCCGUGCGUUGUUUGAUCGCUUUGGCGCUGGUGGCGCUCGUUUCUUAUGUAACGAGCCAAGUCGAUGAUGGAUUCAGUCGAGCCCUGGACGACCGUUGCAAUUAUGACCAGGACUGUCGUAUGAAGAAUGUUUUCUGUGACCAGUCUCAGGGUAAAUGUGUCUGUAAAAAGGGCUUCAGGCUUACCAAGGAGAGAAACGAUUGUAUAGCUGCUGUUGGUGCUAUAUGUAUGUCAGAUCAAGAAUGUGCCAGUCUUCCCAAUUCAAGAUGCGAUAGUGGCAUUUGUGUUUGCAAAUUCAACUUUGUGCCUCAUCCAGAAGACCCAAUAUGUCUAGAACGUAAACAAUUGGGUGAACACUGCAACGUAGGCGAACAAUGUCACACAAAAUUCAACUUCAAUGCUCAUUGUGUCCGAGAAGUCUGUGUGUGCAGGGAAGAUCACCACGAAUCGAGGAACAGAACUUGCAUCCAAUCUAAAGGCUAUAACCAGAAUUGCGUUGAUGAUAUCGAAUGUUUCAUCGGAGAAGAAUACAGAGACAGGAUCAGGUGUUUCCAGAACAAGUGUCUUUGCAAACCUGAAUUUCAAGUCACUGAGGACGGAAAAUGCGGAUCCGGAGCUCCAGGUACACAAGUGUGGUCCUCGGUUAUGACAUUAGCAGUUAUGGCAUCAGUAGCAAAAAUCAUCACGAUGUAAAAUAAGAAAAGUACAAAAAAAUAAGAAAAAUAUUAACAAAAACAUUACAUUCAAUUUAGCUAUAAGGAAACAUCUUUUUCGAAGUCAAUAGUGGUAAAUAUAAAUUUAACAAUAAUUAAUAGAAAUAUGGAGCGCCUGGAUUUAAAACUUAAUUUAAAUUUAUUGUAAUUCUGUAGGUUUUGCUUAGCAACUGAUAUGUUUUUAGAUUCGAUCUCUUCAAAUUAGUAGUUAAAUUAGCUUUUUGUACAAUUAGAACAACAAAAAAUGCUAGAUUGAUUUUUAAAUCAAUUAAUUGAUAUAAUACUAAAAUGAAUUUUUAUUAUUUUCUUUAAACUUUACAUAAAUUUUAACUAUUUAUCAUUUUCUCUCACUGAGUCAUUAAAUUAGUGAUUGUAGUAUCGAUUUAAAUAAUUGCAAUAAGUACAAUUUAAUUAACUAUAGGUUUAAAACGUUUAAUUGUAAAUCGACGAAUAAAUUACAAAUUAAUA